AUGAUGUCCCGCAAGCGGUUCAAACCGGACCAAUUAUGGCAUUAUCUGUGUCCGGCAUUGAGUAUACCUAGGCGCCAUAUCGUUACCUUUCCUGCGACACGACGACGCUGCGCUUCCUCCACUCCUCUCCCCGCGAUAUCGAGAUGCCUCCGAAGACCCUACAGCUCUACUUCCGCGCAACGCUCGCACGAUCAAGGCCAACAAACACAGGAACAAAUUUAUUCGGAUGGAGAAGCUGAGGAGCUAUCUGAUAACAACGAAUAUAGUGAAGCGUGGGACGGGGAUCACUUGCUAGGGCCUAAAAAACGCCAGAGAUCACCAAAGAACAUCGAAACGUCGUCAAGUGGACGUCUGGAGAACCUACUUGCCAAAAAGGCGGAACAAACUCCGAACAUAAUCAAUGCGACGCAAAUACUACGUGUUUUGAUACGGGACCGUGGGAUUCGACCAGAAACCCGACAUUAUAAAGCGCUUAUACAAUGCCAUACCGACCCGCGGUUUGGGUCACCCUUUAUGGUGCAGAAGUUGCUUGCGGAAAUGGAAGAGAACGAUGUUCCAAUUGAUGCAGGCACGCUUCAUGCUGCGUUGCAGGCCAUUGCCGUCCAUCCAAACUUUGUGCUGCGGGCAGAUUUGUUGCGCACAUUACGAGAUCGAUGGUUCCCUCUCAGCCCGGAUGGUUGGCAUUAUGUUGUGGCGGGUCUGAUUAGGGAGCACCAGUUCGAAUUAGCCAUGGACCAUAUCGCGCAUAUGGAGAGGAAAGUUAUAGAGGUCAAGCCUUGGCUUCACAGUAUGCUUAUUUACUAUCUAUGCGAUGUCAAAGAAUUUGACCAAAUCAUCGAGUUGAUGGAGUCUCGCCUGAGCCAGGGCUACCAAAUAAGCAAAAAGCUUUGGAACCAUGUGCUUGAAGAAGCGGCAUUUGCUCGCCAUCGUGAUUUAACCCGCUUCCUAUGGACAAGAUUUGUUGAAGUAGACAGGACUCUGCCAAGGCCUUACCUAACCAAUCUUGUUCUCCAGAUGGCAUCUCACACACAAGACAAGGAGCUUUUGAAAUCAAUAACGAAUAUACUGGGCCCUAGUGUUGAUGAUGAAGCGAAAGAUUAUGAAAUGAUGUCCAAGGCAAGUAUCAAGUCAGGUGGGCUAUAUGCCGCGUUUCAGACGUUGUCCGACAUGCAGGAUGCGGGUCAUGAGGUGGUUUCAAGGUCUACUCAGGCGAUUCGGGCGCAUUGCGUCCAAAACAAGAUCCACCCACGAAACGUCUGGAGCGUUCUCAAGGAGCUGAAGAAUGAUGGAGAGAAUGUUCCUUUGGCGUGUGCUAGGGUGGUCGUUCAUCUGUGCACAGCAGCAGCGGUUGAUGAUCCAUUCGCAGUUGACGACGGGAUUGCGUUCUACAAAGAGCUCCAUACGCUUUGUAGUCGACACCCUGACACGGCUACAUUCAACUCUCUGAUCAGCAUGUGUCGGGUGGGCAAAAACGCCGAGUCUGCCAUGUUCAUGGUAAAGGAGAUGGCAACGCUGGGUGUUAUCCCGAAUGCGCAAACAUUUGAGCACCUCAUGCUCAUGUGUGUGGAUAUGGGGAAUUUUGAGUCAUCCUAUCUUUAUCUAAAAGAUUUGCGGGCACGGGGGUUCCACUUGAGCGAUAAUGCAAGGCUCGAUAUCCAGAGUCUCUGCGCAAAGUCGAGCGACGAGUUUGCUGCCAAGCUGAGGGCCGACCCAGGACUCUGUCCACAAGGCGCAAUGUCGAUCGAGGAAAAAGCGAGAAGGGAGUAUAACAAGCAACGGCGUAAGAAAAAGAGAAGGAUGGCGGCCAUUCGACGGUCCCAAGAAGAGGACGAGGACGAAUUUGAGGCUUACGAGCCGGGCCUAUCGAUACCACAGGAUCUUUUAGGCAAGGCUAAUCAGAUCCUAAGAGACGCAAUGGGAAUGAGGAGGGAGUGA